AUGAUAAUUGAUGGAGAAAAGUAUGCUUGCGAGGCCUGCGUUCGCGGCCAUCGCACCGUCCUCUUCAACAUAUCAACAAGAAGGGUCGACCAGUUUCUCAAUGCGCCCACUGUCGCGCAAUGCGCAAGUCUCGUUCUGCCCAUGUCAAAUGUGACUGCGGCGAGAAGACGAGCAAAUGUGCCCAUUUGCAGCCAACUGUCGAAGGGCACACUGGUGAGCUUCCUCUUACUUCGAGCUGUCACAGACCUCGAGGUGUUUGACAAAAGUCCCAUUUCUAAACCUCUCACAGAGACAUGCUGCUGCAACCAUGGCGGCCACUGCAGUUGCUCGCACAAGACCGAGCCUGCUCUUGACACCGUCCCCGAGUCUGACUCGGAGCGCGAGUCCUUGACCAUGAGCAUUACUGGCCGUCCCAAGCCUCCUGGUCGACGACGACGAGCCAACACAGUUCACUCAGAUGGUGUUUUGACCUUCGACCAGCAUGGUAACCACAAGCCUGCCCACCGAAGUGCCCGAGCUUCGCAAAAGUGUGGCCCAUACCAGCUCAACAGGGUGAACUCGGCUCAUAGCACUACCAGUCUAGGCGCCGACAGCAUGCUCCAAAAGAGCUCGCGGGAACCUCCUAGUAGUCGAGCACGCGCUGCUACCAACCGAGAACGUCGAGUCAAGUCGGAAACUACUUCGCCACUUAUGACCGGUGCUAGCAGUUUCCAAAAUCUGAACGCCAACCUUCCUCCUCUGGACCUGUCGAGCAUCGAGUACCCUCCUUAUAUGGCCAAUAGCACGACGUUCGAUCUAUUUGGUUCUGGUUUCAACUCUGAGACAGAAGCUCCUAUGUACAGCGCCGGCCUCAGCGCUCAUUCAGUCGACUGGAGCCAUUACGACCUUGCCGAGAUGAAGGGCGAUACCUUCACGCCAUCAAGCUACAGCCAGGCUGGCACUCAAAGCUUCAAUGGUCUCUUUGACUUUGGCAGCGGCUCAGAGCACUUGCCCCACCUUGCCAAUACUACAUCGACUUCGGGAGAGGUUUCCGAGGUAGAGGACUUCCUUCCUGGAGGAGAUGACGAGAUCCAUGGCCUAGAUGGAUUCAGCCGUGGUGACAGCUUCAUCCGACAACCCGGCAAUGUUAUGGCUAACUCCGCCGACCUCACCACCAUCGAUUACGAUAGCUUCUACAAGGGAGCCGAUGCUGGCCCUAUGGCUGGAGCCGGUCUUUCAAUGGUUGAGGAUGACCCUGCAUUCUGGAUGCCCAACUACAACGAAGGCAUCGCGACAAUGGACGAGAGUCCCGACCCUCUCGGCCCUGCUUCCAUGCCCGGCUUUUGGGGUAUGUGA